GUAGGUCGUUUGUAAUGGUUCGUUUAUGAACAAUACAUCAUUAUAUGAAACCUACCAGUUUUAAGAAUCCAUGCUUGUCAUUUUGAAUGUUAUACAUUAAAAUACAUUAUUUUGUUUCUUUAUUUAAAGUAUUUUAAAUUUACUCUGCAUUAAUUUAUUUUUCGGUAAUGAAGAAAUAUGGAACCCAUACUAAGAAGAAGAAAGAAACCAAUAAAUAAAAAGACGAAAGUUGCGAUUGUUUUUGAUGAAGAGGCUCGCAAGGAAUUCCUUACUGGUUUUCAUAAAAGAAAAGUGCAGAGGCGUAAAGUAGCAGAAGAAGAGUUUAAAGAGAAACUCAAAGAAGAAAAAAAACGCAUUAAACUCGAGUCCAGAGAGUAUCAUAAGAAAUUGGUUAAAACUUAUAAGCCAAUUCCUGUGCUUGAAGAGCAAUUAGCGAAAGAGUAUAAAGUUGAUAAUGCAACAGUCAGUGUUCUUGAGCUAGAUGCUGAUCUCCUUGCUGAAACAAACUUUUUGAUUGGUAACAAUAGAGUGAAAUAUGAGCCAACUAAUGAUAAGGAAAAUGAGUCAGAAGACAAUGAAGAGAUUGAAGAAUUACCAGGCAUGGAAUUGAAAACGAAAAAAGAAGUUGAUAGAGAAGUAAAGUUUAAAGCAUUAACAGAAGUAAAAAAGAGCAGAAUUUUCAAACAAAAAGAUAAAAUGGAAAGAAUAAAACAGAAAAAGAUAGCCAUGAAACGGCGAAAUGAAAAGAAAAAGCUACAGAAAAGGCUUGAAAAGAGAAAACCACACCUUCGAAAACAUAAGAAAUAGAAAAGUGCUUUUGUGUAUCUUAUAUAAUAAAAUUUUAUACAUUUGUAAAAAUACUUUGUGUAAUAUAUUGAUUUUUUUAAUAUUGUAUUUUUUUUACCUAUUAAUAUUUUUAAUGGUGGAGAAAUAGUUGCCUUUAGAUAAGAUAGUUGAGAAAUUAAUUGGGAAAUACAUUUACAGUGAGAAACACAAAUAAAAAUAUUUGUCUAAGGAGGAUUGUUUAUCCUGUUUGUAUUAUGUCAACAACUAUAUCUGUAAACGAAGAGAAGAAUAGUUGGGGUGGUCAGUCAAAAAGGAAGGCAAAAAUAAAUGGUAAUAUUUAUUUUUACAUAUGCCGACAUUUCGACCUGAAGUUCAGGCCUUCAUCAGGGCUAAGAAAAUAACCAGAUAACAAGGUAUGAGAAACAUAAGUAGUGAUGGUAAAAAAAAAAAAAAAUAAAUAAAAAUAAAAUGAAAUUGUUAGAAUAAUGACUAAGAACUAAGAGAUAAAUAAUAAUAACUGUUAUAAAGUGUGGAAUGAUGAAGUAGGCGUAAUCAAAAAGGGUGACAUAAGUGUUACAAUGGGAAUCUUAGAAUAAAAUGUAAAACAUAAAAAAGAAAUAUGAAGUUAUAUAAGAAAUGAAAAUAAAUAGUAAAAUUAAGACAUUGAGAAUGGAGUAGUUAGAUAGAAAAUUGAGAUAUUUUAAAGUCUAUCAAGAUGUACAGACAAUGUAUAAUAUAAUAAAGAGUUAAAAACAGAGAAAAGGAAUGAAAGGAAGGAGGGAAGAAAUUGAGAAAGCUGAAAUAAGAAAGAAAUAAAAGAAGUGCUACCUGUCUCUUAAGUGUUGCAGGGAGAAUAAAAGUCGUUGCAAGGGAGGGGGAGAGAGAAUAGAUGUGUAGGUGGCGUCAUCUCUAACGGUUAUCCGACUAAGUUUGAACUAAA